AGGUGCAGGACCAGUUCGCGCACUUCACUUCUCCCAAUUCCAUUACCCGUAUCAAUACUUAGCACUGGUCGGUUUCUGAUUGUGAUGGUCCUCUUUCGAAAACUUAAACUACAUUAGGCGCAACUACUACAACUAGAACUACACUGCUGUAUCUUUUUCACAUGUAGCGCGACGGCGCGGACCUUUUUGACGACGUACUUUCUUUCCAUUUUGAGGCCUUGACUUGCUGCGGCUUGCUCGGCUUCUGAUCUACUCAUCUUCUUCCUCUGGUGAUAAAUAUUCAUCCAGGUGAACAAGAUGGACGCAUCGGCACCCGAAACGCCGAAGACGCGGCCUGAUGAGAUGACGGCCGCUCCGGUCGUGGCUACCGGGUCUCCGAUCGACGCGAAGAGGAUGCAAGAGGGAGCGAAAGUCGACCACAUGGAGCUUGCUUUCCCCGAGACUGGAGCAGCGAGCACCGUGAUCACAACCCACUUCAACGCACGCAGUCUCUUUUUGGGCUCCUUUUUCUUCUGGUUAUUCGUUUCCGCUGGGCGGUUCAUUCUGUUUCCGUUCUUCGGCAUCAUAUCCCGAGAAAAAUAAACGGUCUCAGUCUCAAACUCUACUUUGCAGUAGACUUUGCAUAAUAGGUUCGCGAAGUAGGAUAAACAAAACCGGCAAUCAUGCGUCAAAAAUAAAGUAAAACCCAAGAGAUGAAAACACGCAUAUUUUUAAAGGACCUCGUAGUUCCACCUGCUCUUGCAUGUCGAGCAUGUUGACCAAAAACAGUCUGAACGAAGUUCCGCAACACAAGAUGAGACUGAGACAGCUUUUUCUUGCCUAUACACCACCCCGCUGAUGUACUUCUCCAUUGUCGACACGGCGAUUGUGACCCUGCACGUUUUGGUGCUGUUCUACAUGAACGAGCGGUACCACUUUCGCCCCCACUAUCUGUACGCGCACCAGAAAGCCGUGGCACAGAACAAGUUUCUGCCUUACGAGCGCCCGGCCGCUCCUGCUUUGACGCCUUCUGCCCCCACUCCGCGGUUAACGGUGCGCGCCACGGAACUCGUCGUGGACGAACACGCACUUGCGGUGAUUUCGGACCAAAAGCACCUAUCCAACUGCACAAGAACUCUCCCUCCUCCCCAUUUGUAUGAUCUUCGAUGUUCAUCAUCUUGAAGAACAGCAACAGAAACAACAGCAGAGAUGUUGUAGCUUCUGCAUGUGAAGACAAGUCCACAGGACACGAAAAAUAAAUAGAAGGACUAUAAGGGAAAAAAUCACCGCAACCUUCAGAAGAAAAUUCUUCAGAAGAACCUUCAGAAGAAAACAAAAAUCUUCUGAAGGUUCAAAAAUGGCUGUUUUGAAAAAGACACAAAAUCGGAACGGAUUCAGGUCCUGUUUCAAGAAAAACAAUUUUUUUUUUCAGACCUUCAGAAGCUUUUGUCGAGUUUUGACCUUCAGGAAGGUUUUUGAAACCUUCAGAAGAAUUUUGAUGCACAAAAGCUUCUGAAGGUUUGUCAGCUGUUCACUUUUGACCUUCCUGAAGGUUUUUAACCUUCUGAAGGUGCAAUUUUUGCAACCUUCUGAAGGCCGAAUGAAAAAAGUGGCGUCUUUUACAAAAAAAAUUGCAAAAAGUCGCGAGUUUUUUUUUGACCUUCAGAAGGUCAAAAAACCUUCCUGAAGGCCUUCAGAAGGUUGCAGUUCUUCUGAAGGUCCAAAAAUCUUCUGAAGGUUUUCUGCAGCUUUCCGCAAGCUUGCGAACCCAAAAAAUGUUUUCUUCGACUAACGCGCCGCGUGGAAAGAGCGCGACUUGGCCUCGUUCGCGUUUAGAUGCUUCGCGCACUGCUGUCGCGAUUCCCGUCGCUCAAGAAGCGCCUGGCACUUUGACAAGAAACCAAAGCUGCCCGCUUUUGUAAAAACAAAAGGCGAGACCUGGCUAGGUAGCGGACAACAGGCGAGUUCUUUCCUGGUUUCUUCCUGAUCUGGCCGGGCCUCCGAAAUAAAAGCCGCCAAAGCUGGCCACUAUUGUAAAGCGAGAAGCGACCUCGUUGCUUGUUUGUUAGUCUGGGCCUCAGAGACGAAGCCAAAAGCUGACCGUCUUUGUUUUCUCCCGAAUUUGGCCACUUCGAGAGAAGCCAAACGCGGCCACUUUAUUAGAGCCGACAAAGUCGAGCGCGAAAAUUUUUCAGGGCAGACUGGCAUGAAAAUGGGGCCUACGCUGAAGAGUUGCUUUAUUUUUUCCCACGCGGCGCACGCCGCGUGGAUUGGUUCUUACUUACUAUGUAGUUUUAUCGUGUCUUCGGAGUACUGAUGUACAACUGCUUCGUAUAAGUAACUGCAAGAGUUGAUGAUGUCCAUCCUCGGACCCCCUACAACGUCCCAUGGCUGGGAUCUUCAUUGCAAUUAUUCGCAUGACAAGUAAUAGGUGGGGGUUGACGAGUUGUGCACAUGGAUAGCAGCACCCGCAGGUGCACAAGCAGGUGAAGAACUACAUGCGGGCGUCCAUGCGGCGGGACAGCACCCGGAGCCUCCUCGGAGGGCCUAGUCCGCACGGCUCACCGAGGUCCGACGUCGGGGCCAACAAGGCGGAAGACGCUGCAAGAAAUGCAUCCCCGCGAUCCGACGUGGUUGCAGCUGCAGCCCAGCAACAAGCUGGUGAACAAGCUGGAGCAGCCCCCCUUGCAAAUGUUGAUGUUGAGCGCCCGGCCCCCGCGCAGGGGCAGCAGCUGUUGGCGCCGGUGUCCCCAGAACACGUGGAUUUCGCGGAUGCGACCAGCAACGUUGGCGCAGAUCAGCAGGGCGUGGUUCCGUACGUGCCGGCGGCCUGGGGUUCCACGGGCGACAACGAAAUCAUCCACUGCUUUGCCGUGUUGCACUACAAGGAGCCGGAGGAACAGCUGUACACGUUGUGCGAGAACCUGGCGGACCAGAAGGCCCGGGGCCGCAAGGUGCUCCUGAUCGGCAUGGAGAAGGGCACGCCGGACAAGGAAAAGAAGAUGGAGAAGAUUGCCGAGAUUGCCAACACCCACCCGAUCCGGGGGGGGCCGGGGGAACAGGACCGACCGGCGUUCGAGGCCGUGCUGUACACGGUGCACACCCUCCGGCCGGGCGAAAUCCCCGGCACCGGCAGCAACCACUUCCAGUGCCAAGUGGUGGCCGAGCUGUUCUUCGGGCAAGCGGGCGAGCACAUGCUCGACAAAGUCAUCUUCUUAUCACAGGAAAAAAGUUAAUGUUAACGGAAUUUCAAUUUCAAUUUGUGAUGCAAUGACGCAUCACAAAACGCGCCCGAAUUUGUCAUCCAUAGCAUUCAUAUUUUUUUAUAUAAGUAGGCAAAAGUUGUAGUCACGCGUCCGACUGCACUCUGUGAAAACCGUUAACGUUAUACUCUUUUUUGUUUGAUACUUCUCCAAGUUCGACUGCAACAUGAGGCUGUCCGGGCCGCUGGUGGAGGAGAUGGAGGCCGCGUGGGAACUCACGCACGAGGACGAGCGGGUGGGGCUUUCCUUCAUGCCCAAUGUGUGCUGGGCCGCGGACGUGCACGACGAGAAGCGGUCGGCGUGCGAGAUCGCGGCGAGCUGCGCCAUGUGCUGCGGCAUGAACAUCGCGCCGUUCUCGAUCGCCUUCGUGUCCGGGUCCCUGGCCAGUGCCAUCAAGGCGGGCUACACCAGCCCCACGCUGCUCCCCGAGGACGAGAUGCUGUUCACGAAGCGGGCCGUGAUGGUGCCGCACUCGCGCACGGUCCGCCUGUACUCCCGCGUGAUGAAGACGUUCUACCCGGCCGAGUGCAGCUCCUACACCUUCGUGUUCGGCGUGUUCUGGCCCAAGUACAAGCGGUGGUUCGCCGGGUGGCUCGAGCUCCACGCGUACAUGUUUUGCUGGCUGGUGCUCGGCCCCCGCUUGGCCUCCAUGCACGACGAACACCCGCGCCGCCGCAGCGUGUACUGGCCGCGCGCCUGGUUCAUCUUCUUGAUGAGUGUCCUCCGGAAGUACAUGUGCAUGGUCGCCGCCGUGGGCGCCAUCCCGAUGACCUUCGUCCACAUAAGCGCGUGGAACGAUUCCGAUCACUACCUGGACUACGGGCGCGGGAACUAUCACAUGGAGGUCGAGGACUGGCUCUACGAAAUCUUUGCCACGAACCCGUCGUUAUCAACUGCAAAUAUCGAUAUUCGCGCUGGAUGUCUGGAACAUUUUUUGCCGAGUUUGUCAUCGACAAAUUGUACAUGACGCGCUCCCGCAAUUUUCAUGUUGCCUGCGAUGCAUGCUCUAGCAUCAACAACAUAGCUUUUAUUGCGAAGCAGGUUUGCAGCCCAUGCCUGUCCUGCAGGAGAAAUAGUUCUUCUUGGCUACUUUCUAAGUGCCUUUUGCUGCUCAUGCAGUACGUCGUGUUUUUGUAUGAUAGAAGCGCCAUGAUCGCAAGGGGGCGCCGCCAUUCUUUCCAGAUCGGAGGACAUAGUAUUUUUGCAAUGCAUAGUCGCACGCGUACAUGACGGAGGCGUACGGAUAUCCCCUGUCGGACGAGUACAUGCGGUCCCUUAUCCUGCGGAAAAACGCCCCCACCCCAUAGUUGUCAUGCAAAUCUGCAUGCUCAAAGUGUUUGUCAUGCCGAGCCCCAUGAGAAGCGAUUUCUAGUUGUGUUUUGGAAUUUGUUAUGCUCCAAUCAGCAUAAUAGGCUAGAUCUGUGAUGCUGCUGAACUAGCUAAACAGGACUACACUACGAAGCCAACUUUGUCAUGCGCAACGGCCAAAGCUUCUGCAUUUGUCUAGCAGAUUUCCCAUUUUGCCUAUGGGGUGGGGACGCUUUUACCCAGGAUAGCCCUCCAGAACUACCGCCGGGCCCAGUUUCAAACGAUGCUGGUAGCGGUCGGGACUUUUUUCGCCGUGAUCACCGCCUUCCGCUCGCUGCGGAAAUUCUACCUGGCUUUCCCAGGGGUCAUGAAGUUCAACGCCUGGGCUUUCUUCAAGGGCUUUCUCGUGACGGGGCCCAUGAGCUUAUUGAUGACGUUCGCUCUGCUGUACACCUACCUGAAACACGGGCUUUUGAACGAGCCGAUGUUGCAUUCCGCGCAGGGAGAUACGGUGGCGGCCAUGCAGAAGGGCGGCGCACCAUCUUCCGCGUCGCCGUCGGGCGACAAGCCCUCGCAAGAAGGAACAAGAACUUCUGCGCAAAACGUCGCACAACCGGCGCAAGAACUGCAAAGCGAACAAGUGCAGCCAGAACAAACGACGCCUAUCCCGUGGAAAAACGCCCCCAUCCCCAUACCUGUCAUGUAAAUCUGCAAGCCUGAGAGAGCUGCUUCUCUUUCUCAUGCGCAGCCCCAUGAGGAGCAGGAGGGAGAGGAGGAGCAUUUAUUUCCAUUGCUAUCCUCUGGAAGUUUCAAGUUUGUCAUGCUCGAAUCAGCAUACGCAACCUGCGUGAGGAUUUGUGGUGCCGCUUAGGUUUAUUCGCUAGCUAAACAGGAUUAAUGCACGACUGCGAGCUCAGGUGACCAUUUGUCUUGCGCAACAGCCAAAGCAAACCUCGGUUGUUGAUUUGUGUAGCAGAAUUCCUAGCUUCGUGGCCCUGGAGUGGGGACGUUUUUGCUCCGGAUAGCUUCACCUGCUGACGUCCUUCCCAGGGAGUCCCAGCAGUCUCAACAGUCGUCCAAACCAGCAGAGCCACAACAUCUGGCGGUCCCCAUGCCCCAGGUGCAGGUGGACGCAGAGAAAUUGGAUGCAGAAAUACGUUAUGCAUUGCAAAUAUGUCUGGGUCUCCUGGAUCUGGAAAGAUUGGAACUCGUCAUGCAAAGUCUCGAUCUUUGCAAAAAAGUCUGUGUAGUUGCAUCAUGAACUGCACCAAAAGUUGGCCUUUUCUUGCUAGGCAAAAGGCGGACUUCUCAUUCGCGGUCGGCGUCAGGAGGGUCUCGCAAAAUCUGUGAUGCUUCUGUGCGCAUUCCAGAGCGUACUCGUGGUCCGCGAGAUGCAUGACAAAUAAUCUUGCUUUCUUCCAGACCCAGACAUGUUUGCAGUGCAUAUACUUACCUCGUAUAUGUAAGUCUUUCACGACUUAAUGUUCUCUCCCCUUGCUGGGAAUCACUACUACUACUACUACUACUACUACUAUACUGCUGCAAGGCGGUAGAGAAGAAAGUGGGAAGCAUGCAAAAACACGAAAAGUGGUG